GGGAUUUUGAAUGAACAACAUUAAAAGGUUUGGAGAUGGCAAGAUAUCAAAAUCUUGCAUCAUGCCCUAGGGUGAUGGGGUGGGGCAAAAACAGUGAGGUAGGGAGGGAGGAAGCAAAAAAGAAACAGAGGGGGUUUGGUGAGCAGCUACAACAGUGAUGAGGAGCUGGGAUGAAGAUUUCUGGUGAAUCAGAGAUGUGUGAACUCAGCAGCUCUUUAGUCCGGGAUCAUGAACCACCUGAGUGCAGAUGAUCUCUGCUACCCUCAGCUCCUCAACAUGUCUUGUAGAGGUUUGAUACGUCCUCGCUCUGAGGCUGUCCUUAUCUACACGCUGCUCUCCUCCAUCUCUGUACUCACAGUAGCUCUAAACCUGCUGGUUAUCAUCUCCAUUUCCUACUUCAAAGAGCUCCAGACCCCCACCAACACACUCUUGCUGUCCCUGGCCAUCUCAGACCUCCUGGUGGGGCUGCUGGUGAUGCCGGUGGAGACAGUGCGCUACGUGGAGCCCUGCUGGCUCCUGGGCGAUCUCAUGUGCGCUCUGUCUUACAUCGUCGGCUUCACCCUCACGUCGGCCUCUGUGGGGAACAUGGUGAUGAUUUCAAUCGAUCGUUACGUUGCUAUUUGUUAUCCUCUGCAAUACCCCUCUAAGGUCACCCGUAGCCGAGUCCAGGUGUCUGUGAUAUUGUGCUGGUUCUGCUCGCUCCUCUACAACGGGCUCAUCUUGAAGGAGCACCUCAGGCAGCCAGACAGAUACAACUCCUGCUACGGGGAGUGUUUGGUGGUGAUCAGCUACAUCUGUGGGACCAUCGACCUCGUGAUCACCUUUAUUGUGCCUUGCUCAGUCAUAGUGCUUCUAUAUGUCAGAGUAUUUGUCGUGGCGGUGUCUCAGGCUCGGGCCACGCAGUCUCAUGUCACACCUGCAGUUGGCCUGGGGAAAAUCACGGCACAGAAAUCUGAGAGGAAAGCAGCCAGGACCCUCGGUGUUGUGAUAUUAGUCUUCCUACUGGCUUUCUGUCCUUAUUACUAUCCGUCUCUUGCAGGACGAGACAUCUCAAACAACUCGUCCUCGUGGGCCAUUGUGUCCUGGAUGCUGUAUUUUAAUUCUUGCUUGAACCCUCUCAUAUAUGCGUUUUUUUACCCGUGGUUUAGGAAAACUACUCAUUUAAUCGUCACCCUGAAAAUACUAAAACAGGACUCAUCUCAGAUCAACAUAUUUUAA